AUGGCGGAUUUUGAACAAACCACCAGCCGACCGUUAAUUUGGUUUAUUCGACAGGAACAAGCACAACAAACACGCGUUAGCUCAUCCGAGUCAGGUAUAUUUUGCCAUAUCUAAAAAUAUUAAUGCCAUAUGGUGUGAAUCGACUAUCACUAAAACAAUUUAAAACAGGAUUUAACAUAUUCAUCUUUAUUCAACAAUUGAGAAAAUUGUUUGAAUAGUCUGGUAUACCAGUAAAACAAUUCUUCAAUAAAUCAGUUCGACAACUCGUCAAACAGGUUGAAAUUUCUCUAGACAAAGAUUAAAAAUCGUCUUUAUAUACAGGUCUUUUAUAUAUCAGUACGCUCAAAGAUUCGAAAUGCAAUUGGAUCGACACAAAGACCAAAGACGUAAAAUGAAAUUCGUGAAAUUGGUGAGUAAAUUAGUUAACGUCUGAACGAACUCACAUAUUUAUGAGCAUAUUCCGGCGAUGUUUUGCGCCAGGGGUUUGUUUAUACGUAUACUUCCAUAACAAACGGGUGCGCCUUUCUAAAACUGUUUUAGAAUAAAAUGUUGUACAAAAUGAAUCGUUGUUUUAGAAUUCGUGGUGAACAUAAUAGUACAUUGAUUCACAUGAAUUUCAGAGUACUCAAUACCUUCGUAUAGCAGCAGCGGCCUCAACUACUGUUUUGUAGAUUUUGUAAUUCAGUUCAAUGUAUAUCUUGCCCGUUUUCUCACAGUAAAUCAAUUCUUAUUUCUUCAAAGCAAAAUUGCUUCAAAUCUUAUUGUAUAUGAAACGAUUUUCUAAAGAUACGUUUUUGAAAAUUGAAAUCUUGCUCAUCAUACUCCUGCAAAAAGCCAUAUUUUUGAGAUCAGUGAGGACGUCCACCGAUGACAUCGAUGAACCAUAGUCACGCGCCCGCGAUUUACUGAUGAACUUAAGACUUCGCUAAUGCUUUCCUUCCCCUGGCCUGGGUGUAAAUAGCCAGGCGGAUUUAGUGCCCUCGCCCCGUGCUUACGCCCGGAAAGCGCCGUUCGCUCGGGGAUAAUUUUCCAACUUCGUAAUUUAAGAUUUAUAUGAAAUUUGAUUUAGUUCAGUGACCUCAAUCUAUUUUUACUAUUAAAUUCUGAUUUUAGUGCAAAAUUCUGGCUGCCUUGUUGUCCAUGUACGUAUUAAUAUUCAACUACGAACUAUUGGACACAGUUUUUAUAAUGACAGAAAGACUGGGUAAGUUAAACUUUAAGAAAAUUAUACUUCUCUAUCAACUCUUGACUGUGUUCUCUUCAUGCAGAUAUCUAAUAAGGUCAUCUCUAAAUCCAGUCCAGAAUUUCUACAAGAUAAAACCAGUUCGCCUGGGAAAACUCUGUGGUUUUGGGUGCUUGGGAAAAAAUAUUUGUGUCAGUUUACAACGUAGAGGUUUAAAAGGGGUGUAUUACUAUAUUACUAUUAUUAUGAUAUAAGAGAAAGGUAUUUAUCGCUUCCUUGCAUAUAUUAAACCACCACUGGCAAACUGUUUGUCAGGUUGAGCUCGGUUUUCUGUCCUGCCGAAUACUACAAGACCAGUCAAAGUCUUUAUGGCAUAAUUAUGGCUCAUGUGCCCGGCGGUUGUUUGCACAUAGCCGCUUUAUUGUUUUAAUCAAAUUUUAAUAAUUAACAAGAAAAAGUAUUAAUUAAUAACUAUAUAACAUUUAGCACAGAAAAGGUGGGGGUAUUACUAACGCCCACUACACAUAACGUAUCUAUAUAAGUUCAACAUAUAGCGUCCAAAAACGGGGAGGAGGGUGGGUAAAUCUCUUCCAUCCAAUUUCUUGAUGUGAACUGCAGCCCUCGUGGAAUAGGAAAGGAAAGAUGCCCCGCUUCACCAUUGAUAAAUACCAAAAUUUCCAAUCACGUAACUAUACUUAAAUUAACUUGCGCGCGCAAAUUACUUAUUUCACAUAAUUAAUUUCAACUAUAAAUUAUUCCAGGAAGCAAUAAAAACUCUUAUCGCCGUGGCAAUAAGUUCCUUUAAGCAUGGUAAAGAUUCUCAUAUGAACGAUAAUGACAGUUUUAAAAUUUGCUGAUUAUCAUUUAAAAUAUGUUUUCUAGGUUUUCGUUUUCAAACGAAUCGAUUUGACAAACAAACUCGACAAACAAUUAAUUCGGAGCUACCUCUUGCAGAGAACAAAACAAGUCAUGUUCAAUACCUCGUAUAUGAACCCACUGAGUCGACAUCUCUUACUCAAGCAAUCGAAUCAGUUGACCCUACACAUGCAGUUUUCCCAACGUACGGCACUUACGAAGAGAUGCUUGAGGACGACACGCAUGAGUCAAACAACAGAAAGUUCCCAGAGUACUCCACGAGCCCUUAUCGAGGUCUCAGAAAACCGUUGCCAACGAAAGUGCUCAAAAAAUCACAAAACCCAAAAUGCCGACGAAGGCUUCUCACUUCCAGCGAUUGGGCAGACGUGGUUGAGCAUUUUGGCAAAUACGGGAGCAUGAAAGCUUGGCAGUGCAAUACUAAUAAUGCCAUUAAAAUAUGCACUGUAUCAGAAGACAAAACUUAUAAGAGAGAGGAAAUCAAAGUUUCCUGUGAAUCUAGCCCUUGUAAAGACAAAAGAAUUUCUCUUGGGCUCUUUAGAGACACAACUGGGGAAAUUAAAUGGCAGUUAGUUAGAAACUUAAAUCGCUUAAGUACACUUCUCAAAAAUCAUGUAAUGUCUUCGGAAUUUGCACCUGGUUUUGCAUUAUUAAAAUGUGAAGAUGGACAAGGUAUUCAAGUUCUAAGCUUCCCUAAAGUUUUGGAUCGCAUGGAAGCAGUACAAAAGCACGAAAAAAGAAGACGUUUUAAUAUCAAUAUUGUACUUGAAGAUUCCUUAUCACGUGCACAUUUUUACAGAACUCUUUUAAAAACUGCAUCAACUUUUAGAGAUAUUAUUUAUAACCAAUCAAUACCAUCAACUUUGCUGGAAUUUGAGAAAGUCCAAAGCUAUGUGCCGAACACAUAUAAUAGCCUUCAGAGACUGUUUACAGCUCAAAAAUACUGGAAGUCCAAGACGAACUGUGAUAAUUCUGUCAAGAAAUUUCUUCCGAAUGAUACCGAAUAUACUUGUACGUUUGGGUUUGAGGAAAUGUUCAGUCGGUAUAAAAAGGCUGGAUAUAGUACCCUACUUCAAGAAGACCAUUGUUGGUACGAUGAAUGGAGUUCAUUUCUUGAUCCACGGUACAGAUUAGCUCGUGUUAAAGACGAAAAAGCACGGCUGAGCAGAUGGAAAGAUUAUGUUGGAAUUUUGGAAAAAUCAGGACGCUGGAAAGAAGUUGAUGACUACGGUAUGUCAAUAUUAUCAUGCGAUGUUUAUAAAAACUAUAACAAGACGAAUCCGUUUAGCUCUAGAACUGUCCCAAACGUGUGCUUCGCAGGACGACAUUAUGGGUCCUUUAUUUUGGAGUAUGUGAAAAAGUACACAGAGCUUAACGAUAUUGCAGCACAGCCAUUUUUAGCUUAUACACAUUUGAUAACCUCACACGAUACUAAUGGAAGACGCAUAGUCAACGACGAUGAAAGUCUAGCAGAUUUGUUCCAUCAUGCAGCACAUUUACGCAACACUGUGACCAUAUUUAUAUCAGACCACGGAGGAAAAGCGACCGAUUUUGCAGCCUAUACAACACAAGGUCGGGAAGAGAUAAAUCAACCCUUAUUAUUCAUAAUCAUUCCACACGAAAUCAGCGAGUUCCUUGGUCCAGAAGUUAUGAAUGCUUUGGUGGUGAACCAGAAUCGAUUGGUAGGACUUGAAGACCUACAUUAUUCAUUGGUAUCAAUAUUAGACACGGAUCCAAAUAUUUGGGGUACUCAAACAGAGGACCCUCCAAAAAACCGGGUUCUUCACGCAGAUCCUAAUCGACAUCACAGAAACCCUAAUGUAGGGGUGAUACCAACGCGUCUGCGUGGGUUAUUUAAACCAGUGCCCUUAGAUCGAACAUGCGAGCAAAUGACCAUAAGAUGGGAUGUGUUAUGUUUGUGCGAGGGUAUGGAUACAACUGUGCCCAACGAUUCUGAGAUAGUCCAAUGGGCAGCUGAAUUUGCUUUGGGGACUUUGAAUAACAGAAUUCAAGAGCAGUAUACCACAGCUUUGAGGUCGAAGCCAGGAGCAGCGCUUACGUCAGGUUUCUAUGGUUACGGCGCAUGUCAGCGAUAUACAAGUACGGGAAUUACGCGUGCGAGGCGACUAAUUGCCGGCUCAGACCAAAAGUUAAUUUUCAGUUUAUUGGUGAAGCCUUUCAAUACAAAAACUGUGGAAAUUUUUGACUUCGAAGUGUCGUUCCCUAUGAAAGAAAAUGUGAACGGUAUAACGUUAAAUAACCUGGUUCGUAUUAGCCAAUUUAAUAAAUACGAGAAAUGCACGGAUGAAGGUGUCGACCCUAAGCUAUGCGCAUGUCAUGCCGAUCAACGAAACAACACACUAUGGAGGAAUGCGUUCUACUUAAAAACAGCCUCACAAGAGAAUUUCAAGCUUAAACCGCGAAGGCAGAUAUUAGAUCAGCCAUGUUUAACGAUCAUAUCUCGCGUUCGAAGGCGUGGUGCCAAAGCGAAUUGGAGGAGUGUGAUUAAGACCUACGAAGCAGUCAACGCAUGCGCAGAUGUCAUGUAUAAACUUAUUAUUGCUUUCAAAAUGACGCAGAAUACGCGAGUCUCGCUCAAAUAUCCUGAAUCCGUGACCCUACUGCCUAGAACAGUGACGUUUCUAUUGACUGCUAAUAAUUACAGGAGAUUUGAAUUGUUUAUUCCAACAUUUAAGUUCAAGAAGAGUAGAUGGAGAAACUAA